AUGCAGAUGGAUACAUCCAAUUAUUACUCGACCUCUCCAAAUUCUUCAAUUUCAAGUUCUGGAACCAGAGAAAGUCUUAUGAAUACACCCCCAAACUUUGGAUACUCUGAAGAAAACCUGAAUGGCGCUCCAUAUCAAAUGUUGCAAGAAAACAAUCAUUCUGAAUGGAUAACAUCUCAAAAUGGUCAAUUUUGGAAAGAAGGUCCUUUUGUUCUGGAUAGUUCAAAGGUUUUGUGGAAAAGUGCAGAUCAAGAUCUUUCAACUUGA